AUGGACAAGAAAGCGAUCCCAUUUUGGCUUCUUUGGGGUGGGUUGAUUUUACUCAACUUGUUUAUAUUAGUUGUCACAAUUGUUUCCGCUUGUUUAUUGGGCAACGAGAUCGACAACGUUUUUGUCGAGAAGGAGCGGUUCAUGAACUCAACACGGAAAUACAUAUCUUAUUACAACACAAUGACAGGUGUUGAGAAACAAAGUGAAGACGUGCCCUCUUGGGUGUAUGCGUCGACUGCAUUUUUAGAAUCUUCUUAUCGCAAAAACGGCUUGGAGAAAGGAUUUUUAGGGCAAGAUGAGUACGUCCAAUUUGACGAGCAACUCUUUUACUCGACUGUCAAGAAGCUCUGCACUCAAACAAAGAACAAAUAUUGUGACGCUGUUAAUAGCAACUCGGGCUCUCCGGAAUUACUUUUUUACCUCUCCAAGAUAUUUGGUGACAAAUUGAAUCCCGCCGUUGCGCCGAGUGGGUACAUCGAGAACCCAAGUUCAAGUCCAAUUAAGUUCCAAGUGAAUGGAAUCAAUUCGGUGUACAACGAUUUUAAAUUGAGAAUUUUGAUGGCGGAGACGGGCUUACCAUUCACUCUCAAUUUCGGUGUGUUUAAACGGAGAUAUUACAUCCCAUGCACAAAUAGUAUCGGAUACACAUGCCCAGACUCAUUAACAAAAAUCCCAUGUCCAACAAGCUCUGAUGGUCUCUGUGUCUCAUUUUCAUACAAUCCAUACUCACAGUCUGGUGUCUACGAUUUCAUUGGACAAUUGCAUUACACUGAUAAACACAGUGUCUUAGUGGUUGGGUGGAAUGAUGAGAAGAGAAUUGACCGAAGUUGGGGGAGUGAUUUGCACAAUUUUGUCGAUGGUGGGUAUAUCGUCAAAAACUCGUAUGGAUACCAACACGGUCACUCUUUGAAGUUCUGGUUGCAACAACACUCGAUCAAGGAAGAAAUGCAGAUCUGCCCCAAUGUCCAAUCCUUUGAACAAUGGACACCAAUGGACGAAGAGUGUAUGAACACUAAAACAUAUGCCGAGUGUUGCAAAUUGGUAUUAAAAAAAGGAGUGAAAAGGUAUAUAGAAGCGUCUAUUACACCACUCAUAUGUGACAGUUCACGCAAUGACAAAUACAAAGGGAUCUUCCAAUGUGACCAAAACAGACUGUACUUCAUCAAGUCAAGAAAACACAGUUUUGGACCUUACUCAUCUUUUGGUUCUAUGGACAUUACACCAAUCCAAAACACGAACUUAAUGAGUAUCAACCUCUUAUCUUUCAAUAAAGAUAUGACAGACAAACAGUUGAUCACUAUUAAGCCGACUUGUCCAGAAAUGUUGGAAGAUAUCUUCACAACAUAUUACACAGGUAAUGACGUGGAAGCUACUACAAACACAGAAGAGUGUGGCUACGACUUCAUUCCAUUUGAAGUCCUUGAAAAAUAUAACCAGAAUUAUGUUGUUGACGGUGUUCACGCGCCAGCUUUCUCUUCUUUUGACAUUGCCUGGGACGAUCAGUCGUAUGUGAAAAAGGCUGCAAGCGGUCCAAACUACGAGCCACUCAAGGCUGGAACAAAGAAAAUUUACCAGACAAACUUUGUCGGUCCGUAUGAUAUGAAUUAA